CGACCAUCGUGAGAUUAUAGUACUGUUGGUGUUUAUCUGUGCUUCGUGUUUGUUGGUACGUCAAAUGGAUACUUACGAACGCCGCCGGGAUUGAUGUUAACUUUAUUAAAUUACAUUUUUAUUUAUUCCACAUUUAACCGAAACACGAUGAUCUCCAGUAGCAUUAAAGUGCUGUCUUAUGUUCUAUUCUUGAUUUCUCUAUCCCAGUCAAGGCCAAGAUAUUCAGGUCAAACGGAUAUUGAUUAUUAUUCACCGGCCAGCUAUUCGUACAAGUAUGGUGUACACGAUCCAUCUACAGGUGACAUUAAGCACCAAUCGGAAGAACGUACGGGUGACGUUGUCAGAGGCCAAUACAGUCUUGUUGAACCUGACGGCAGUGUGCGAACAGUAGAUUACACGGCAGAUCCAAUAAAUGGAUUUAAUGCGGUGGUCACAAAAUCCGGUAAAUCUCACCAUGUAAUACCCCAAAAGCAUAUCAUAAAGCCAAUACCAGCAGCUAUUGUGGUCCCGGUAAAUGUUCCAGUCUCCGAGUCUCAUCCGCGAGGACAUGUCAAUUUAUCCAAAGGCCCUCUUACUUUCCCCAAGAGUGUCCAAGAGGUCUUACCAUCGUCUGCCCCUAUUUAUUACGAAUACUACGACGAAGAUGUAGCUAACCAAUAUGAAGAUCAAUACAAACAUUAUGACCAGCAACAGAAAUACUAUACCGAAUACGAUUAAGUUGCAUAAUUAUUUAAGAGAAUACAUUUUAAAAUUACACAAUAUCUUUUUAUUUCGGCAAUAUCUUAAAUAUUAUUUUUUAUAUUUGAUAGUUUCAGUAUCAUAUAUUGUUAAGUUAAAACUAGUAUGUUUUUUCAUAUUAAGAAGAAAUUAUGAUAGCAAUAUAUCUUGUUGAGUAAUAAUAAAAAUAUUUUAUAUUUUAAUAUGUACAUAAGAAUUUUAAUAAUAAAUUAUUGUCAUAGAUUUUAAUAUAGUAUUAUGAGUUA